UUUUUAAAACUAAAACCAGUUGAAUUUGGACCUUAAGCCAAAAAACCAAAUCCAUUGCCAUCAAGUCGGUUCCAACUCAAAGGGACCAUAUAGGACAGAGUAGAACUGCCCCACAGGAUUUUGAAGGAGCAUCUGGUAGAUUCGAACUGUCGACCUCCUGGUUAGCAGCCGAGCUGUUAACCAACCUUAGCUAAACCAAACUGAACCGAACCAAAUCGAACCGAACCAAACCAAACCUGUUGCUGUCCAGUAGAUUCCGACUCACUGAGACCCUAUAGGACAGGGUAGAACUGCCUCAUAAGGUUUCCAAAGCUGAAAUUUUUAUGGAAGCAGACUGUUACACCUUUCUCGCACGGAGCGGCAGGUGGGUUUGAACCACUGACCUUUUGGUUGGCAGCUGAGCGCUUAACCCAUGCACCACGAGGGCUCCUUUUAGACCUUAGCUAGGUAUCUGUAAUUGAUGCUGGUGUGUCUCAAGGAUUAUAUCCAUAUGACCGCAGAGUAUGAAACGCUGUUCUGUGAGAUUGGAGCAGAUUCAUUUGCUAUGCAUUUUCUGGACAAAUCUAAAAUGGUCUCAGAAUUAGCUUCGUUGUUCACCAUUGCCAGGUCAUUAAGUCAGUCUUUUAAGAAAGGGGCUUCAAAGUGACUCAUUCUACUUUAUAAAUUAAAACUUCUUUAACAAUCAUUUCACAGAAUAUUCACUCAGAUAUUGAAGGAGUGAAAAGGCAAGAAGGGAGCAUUGAAAUAUAGAAGUAAUAAUGGCAGCUUCUGUCCUAAGGGUUGGGGGGCCAAGGGAAGAAGAGGUGGUUAUCAGAAGCUUGGAGGAAGUGCCCCACGAAGCUGGGACCCAGACCUCUGGGGAAGGGGUGCUUCCAGACUAUGCUGGUCCCCUAGGAGCUCAGAGGAGGGCCCCACAGAGCUGGCCCCACAGUGCUGCCAUAAUUGUGCCGGUACCUUGGGAGCUCAGAGGAAGAUCCUUGUAGAGCUGACAGAGUUGGGCCCAGACCUUUGAGGAUGGAGCACUCAUCAGCUGAUAAUGGUAUUUCUGAGGGGACGAGCCUAGUUCAGCAUCCCUGGACUGUGAGGGGGGGAAAAAAACUCUGCAAAUUAGAAUCAACUGUUGCUACUGGAAGCAACUGCCACUGCCAGAGGUGAAGGGCCGUUGCUGGGGUGACUCUAACAGGGACAGUGGGUAAACAGGAAGGAGCAUAGCAUGUCCUUCCUUCAACCUUCAGUCUUCUUUUAGCUUCUUGUUGACUGAACCUAAACUAAGCUGGCAAAGGAGAAAUAGAGAGAAAUACACCCAGCCCUGAGUAUCACAAAGCAGAAUAUGGAUGGGUGGGUUGUGAGCCAAGAGAGAAACAGCACAUAGCCUUCUGAAUUUUCUGGAUUAAAAAACUUGUGAUUGGUCUCAUACCUAUUCACUGAACCUUGUUAGAAGGAGCGGGACUCAGCUUUCUCCUCUGCAGCAUCCUGCCCUCAGAGUCUUCAGUGUACCUUUGGAACUCCCAGGCAUAUUCUACAGGAAGGACCCACAUCCUUAAUGGGGACCCAGCUAUCCUGGGGCACUGCUUGCAGAGUCGUUGUACCUUGGCUUGAGUUAAUCUCUAAAUGCCGGUGCCACUUUCCUGAUUCCUCAUCAGCGUCUCUUCUUUCUUACAUGCCCAUUUGCUGUGUUUCUUGUUAGCAUCACAUUUAGCUUAUUUCCGCAGAGCUAAGGUAAAUGACCUAAAUGUGAUUUUUUUGUUUGUUUGCUUUGAUUUUUUAGAGAAGUAAACUCUUGAAUUAGGAAAUAGGGAAAUAAAAGAAGGAAUGAUUUUCUUUGGUUUUCUAGAGUCAGGCAAGGCAUCUUUGCUUCUGUCAAACAAACGUGUGUGUGUGUGAGGUGUGUAUAUGUAUGUAUGUGUAUGUACACACAUGGUUUUAUUUGAUGUGAAAACAUCUAAGUAUUCCAUUAAGUUGUAAAAGCGAAAGACAAGGAAUGUAAAACUAUUAAAUAAUUACAACAAAGUUUACAACACAGCACAUAAUAUAUACAUGUGAUCUGUUAUAGGAGAAUAAUAGGGGUAGGGAGAAAAGGGAAAACGAGAACCGGACACAGGCGAGAUGGAAGAAGGUGGAGGGGCAGAUGGUUACUGGAGAUCAUGACCCUAGAAAAUAAGCCGACCACAACCGUGCUACCUACAGAACAACAGCAGAGUGUGAUCAACAGGCACGUAGGCCCUUCCUAGGUGGCAUUCUCAUCUUCAGACCUUUUAUGACCUCAUCAUUAAGGCUCAUGAUGUCAUAAUGCAUUUUCACAGUAGAAGAAAGGGUGCAGAGGAAAGGAGGCUUCACUCCCCUAUUGGAUAACAAGAGUCCCCUUCAUGCUCAUAGCAGGGCAAAACAGAUGAUGAGAGGGAAAUUAAUUAUGAGAGAAAAGGUAAAAUUUAUAAAGACCUUAUCACGAUUUUAAGAGAAAAAUCAGCAACGUUUUCAAAGAAUAUGGCCAAACAGGAGAAUACAUUCAAUGAAGAACAACAGAAAGAAAAGUUUCAGCCUGAUGAGGCACCUAAGAAGGAAGAAGCAACCACUAAAGCUGACUCAGAAAAGACUACACUGCAGAAGAACCAAAUUAAUUUUGGGAGGAACCCAAUUGGCAAGAGAUUAGAGCCAAGUUUAAAUUGGAAGAACACUGUUGAUUUAAAAGACCGCAAAAGUUUAGGAAGAGACACCCAAGAGGAAAAACAUGCAAGACUUGAAAAGGGAAGACCAUCUGUGGCACCUGGAAGAAUGCAAUUAGCUCGUAAGGCUACUGACAAGCCUGAGGAAAUUAUUAGUGAGAGUUCCUCAGAGAGUGAGGAAGAUGAAGAACCACCCGAUCAUCGUCAGGAGGCAAAUGCUGAUUUGCCGUCUGAAUAUUGGCAAAUUCAGAAGCUGGUGAAAUACUUAAAGGGAGGAAAUCAGACAGCUACAGUGAUCGCAUUGUGUUCAAUGAGGGAUUUCAACUUAGCUCAAGAGACCUGCCAGUUGGCAAUUAGGGAUGUUGGAGGCCUUGAAGUUUUAAUAAAUUUACUGGAUACCGAUGAAGUCAAGUGUAAGAUUGGUUCAUUAAAAAUCCUGAAGGAAAUCAGUCAUAAUCCUCAAAUCAGACGUAAUAUUGUGGAUCUUGGGGGUUUGCCAAUUAUGGUUAACAUACUUGAUUCUCCAAACAAGAAUCUGAAAUGCUUGGCAGCUGAGACAAUUGCUAACGUAGCCAAGUUUAGACGCGCCCGGCAGGCGGUGAGACAGCACGGGGGCAUUACCAAGCUGGUUGCUCUACUCGAUUGCGGACAGAAUUCAUCAGAACCUCCUCAACCCUCUCUCUAUGAGACCAGAGACGUGGAGGUAGCUCGCUGCGGUGCGCAGGCACUGUGGAGCUGCAGUAAAAGUUACGCCAAUAAAGAAGCCAUUCGUAAAGCUGGAGGCAUCCCUCUGUUGGCUCGAUUACUGAAGACUUCUCACGAAGACAUGUUAAUUCCAGUGGUGGGGACAUUGCAAGAAUGCGCAUCAGAGGAAAACUACCGAGCUGCGAUCAAAGCAGAACGGAUCAUUGAGAACCUAGUGAAGAACCUGAAUAGUGAGAAUGAGCAGCUUCAAGAGCACUGUGCCAUGGCCAUCUAUCAGUGUGCUGAAGAUGAGGAGACCCGGGACCUGGUGAGGCUGCAUGGGGGACUGAAACCACUGGCCAGUCUGCUCAGUAAAACUGACAAUAAAGAGCGGUUAGCCGCCGUCACGGGGGCAAUAUGGAAAUGCUCCAUCAGCAAAGAGAAUGUGACCAAGUUUCGUGAAUACAAAGCCAUUGAAACCUUGGUGGGACUUCUAACUGAUCAGCCAGAAGAAGUACUUGUGAAUGUGGUUGGUGCCCUGGGCGAGUGCUGCCAAGAACAUGAAAACCGUGUCCUUGUCCGGAAGUGUGGCGGCAUUCAGCCUCUUGUCAACCUCCUCGUUGGAAUUAACCAGUCUCUUCUUGUGAAUGUCACAAAAGCAGUUGGCGCUUGUGCUGUCGAGCCUGAAAAUAUGAUGAUCAUUGACCGCCUAGAUGGAGUUCGGUUGUUGUGGUCAUUGCUAAAAAACCCCCACCCAGAUGUGAAGGCCAGUGCAGCGUGGGCCCUCUGCCCCUGCAUUGAAAAUGCUAAGGAUGCUGGAGAAAUGGUUCGUUCUUUUGUUGGUGGCUUGGAACUUGUUGUCAAUUUACUAAAGUCAGACAACAAAGAAGUUUUGGCGAGUGUUUGUGCUGCUAUCACCAAUAUAGCAAAAGAUCAAGAAAAUCUAGCUGUUAUUACAGAUCACGGGGUCGUCCCUUUAUUGUCCAAACUCGCAAAUACAAAUAACGAUAAACUGAGGCGUCAUCUAGCAGAAGCAAUUGCACGUUGCUGUAUGUGGGGCAGAAACAGAGUGGCCUUCGGUGAGCACAAAGCAGUGGCUCCACUAGUGCGUUACCUGAAAUCAGAUGACACCAACGUGCACCGAGCAACAGCUCAGGCCUUGUACCAACUCUCAGAAGACGCUGAUAACUGUAUCACCAUGCAUGAGAAUGGAGCCGUAAAGCUUCUGCUGGACAUGGUUGGGUCUCCCGAUCAGGACCUCCAGGAAGCUGCAGCUGGUUGUAUAUCCAACAUCCGCAGGCUGGCUCUUGCUACAGAAAAGGCAAGAUACACUUGAAACGUAAACAGACAUUAUAAGAUAGGAAAUUUUAGAUGACACAGAACAUGUCACUCCCCUGGGCAGGAAGCCUAAACGGGGACACUUGUAUUAGCAAAUCCUUUAGCUACAGACAAUGUCUAAGUGAAAACACACGAAUUACAAAUGCAGAGGAUGCUUUUCAUCCAGAAAUUGUGUGGAUGCUUUUGGGGUGAUUUAAUUUGGGGGUAUGUGCCAUGCCAUGAAAUGUAAGCCAAUAAAUUUGUGAUAAUUUUUCAGGAAUUAGAAAAUGAGUGCGUACUAUGUAUACAUAUUUCAGUGAAGCUUUUUUAUUUGUGGUGAUUUUAAUAAAGGGUACUGUCUUCCCGCGUAGAGUUUUGUCCCUGUUCAUGAAUGUCUUCUCAAUUCCCUUUCUGUUAAACCGAUCUAAUCGUCCUGUCAUUAUGGUUUGGUCUGUUUGAUCACUUGCAACCCACAGGAGAGCUCUGAUGAGAUGUGCUGAUUUCACAAACUGUUAUUAAAUAGAAUUUAGAGUCAAGCAGCUGGAGUUAGAGAGAUCAUCCCCAGGUCAUCCCAGUUUCUCCUAAAUACUACCAAAAACAUCUGAGAAGGUAGUGUAUGACUGCCACUGUAUCAGAUCAUACAAAUCACAAAAACAUAAGCAAUGAGUGAGUAUUUUUCCUUUUGGAUGUACAGAGCGUAAACAAUGGUAUGUUUUAUUUCCCUCGCAAGGAUUCACCACCUCUUUUAUUGAACUCAUUUAUCCUGAUGUAAGGAUAAUAUUACUUCAGUAAAAUUACUUUGAAUCUCUGAACUUGUUUUCAGCACACUCACUACUUUUUAAAAAUGGGGCUACAGAGGAUUAAUAGUGGUUUAUCAGGUUAUAGAAACAUUAAAAAAAAAUAGAACCCGCUUAAAAGAAUAAUAUGAAGCCUCGGUGUGCUGGAGUCUGGGAACUAACUGUACCGAGCACCUAAAGCUAGCCAGAAAAAUAGCUUCAUAUGCAUCAGCUAUGAAACCGGCAAUCUCAGUUAAUGCUUCAAAGAAGAGGCAAGCCGUUUUUAAUGAAAAAAAAAAAAAAACCAUUAAGCCCUGUGUAUGUUUGUCAUAAUUUGGAGAAGAUAAUAAAUGUAAUCACAUUAAAUGUAAAUAACUCAUAUGACAUGAAGAACCUGUACAGAUGAGAAUUAUACCAGCAACAGAUUCUACAAUAAAAAGCUAAGGCGUUUCUGAGAAUUCCAAAGUUUUGCAAAACACCGAUUCAUCUUCAUAGCUUUUUAAAAGGGUUAUAAAAGAGGAGAAUAUGAACCAGGAAAUGGUCUUAGUGCUAACUUAGAAUUGAAUUUAAAUUACAGUUUAAAUCCUUUAACUGUCAGUAGGAGAUAUUUCUAAUAUUAAAGUCGCCUUUUACUUUGGUUUCAUUAGCAUUAAAAAUACAUCUAGAAAUGAUAGAUUAUAACAGCUAUAGAAAAUGAAUAAACAUCCCAUUGUUUAGAUUGUUUUUAAAGGAGACUUCCACCAUUGUCCUCAUAUUCUUAGAAUUCCUGAGGCUUGGAAACCCUAUGGGCAGUUCUACUCUGUCCUAUAAAACCCAGUGCCAUCAAGUCGAUUCCAACUCAUAGCGACCCUAUAGGACAGAGUAGAACUGCCCCCGUAGAGUUUCCAAGGAAUACCUGGCAGAUUCGAACUGCUGACCCUUUGGUUAGCAGCCGUAGCACCUAACCACUACACCACCAGGGUCUCCCUCUGUCCUGUAGGGUCAUUAUAAGUUGGAAUUGUCUCAGUGGCAGUGGGUUUGGGGGUUUGGAUUUCCCGCCCCCCACUGGGGGUGAUGGGAGGUAACAGGGUGAGAGAAAGAUGUGUAAAUGUCCAAGGAUUGUUCCUUUGAAAUGUGCUGGGUAGAAGGAAACUUGAAGCUUCUGUUUUCAUGGUUAAUAAAUGUAUGGAAUAAAAUCAAUGGUGCUAUUUUAAAAGAAAUGAAGCACUUGAAAACAAAUAGGGCAAAUUAGCAGGAAGAUUGUUUUGAAUAUUCCUCGCUAAGAAUUUUUUUAAGUACUUAAACACCAGAAAUGUAGUACCUUUAGAGUAACAAAUAAGACAUUGAAUUUAAAAGGUCAGUGGCUUAUUUUUUGUGAAAUGGCAUAAGAGAAAACUCUUAUUUCACUAGACAACUGUCAAAGCCGGCGAAAGCACCCAUAGCUGCCAGAGAACGUACCUGUGGAAGGUCACACCAUGUCUUUGCUACCACAUACUGCACUCUCUGGUUUGUUUGUGGUAUUUUGCUUGUAUUUUAAUUUUGGCAGGAUAUACAUGACAAAACAUUUGCCAUUUCAGCUGUUUUUGCCUGUACAGUUCAGUGACAUUAGUUACAUUCACCAUGUUGUGUCACCAUCAACACUAUUCUUUUCCAAAUUCUUCCCUCACCAUUAACCAAAACUCAGUGUCCCCUAGCAGUAAGUCCCCACCCCCUGCCUGCCCCUGGUAACCGCUAAUAACUUAAGUCUGUAUACACUUGCCUAUUCUAGAUAUUUUAUACAAGCGGGAUCAUCCGGUAUUUUUCC